AUUUCCCCAAAGAAUCUUCAUUUUCAUUUUUUUGGGAUAAUUCUCAAUUACCCAAAUUUAAAUUUGUCAUUUUGAUUUGUGGGUCAACCCUAAUUUCCCCAAAAAAAAUUGUUUUUGUUUUGGUAAAUUAUUUCAAAAUUAUCCCAAUUUUUCCUCUUUAAAAAGAUUUGAAUUUGAGCUAAUAUUCAUUUUCAUCUUUUUAAGGAUAAUACCAAAUUCAAUUAAUUUGUGGGUCAAUCCUUAUUUUCCCCAAAAAAAUUGUUAGGUAAAUUAUUUUGAAAUUAUCCCAAACAAUUUCUCUAUAAAAAGAUUUGAUCUUGAGCUAAAUUUGCAAAACCCAAGUUGAAAAAAUGGAAGUGGAAGUGAAGUUGAGAUUAGCAAAUUCAACAGCUCACCAAUCUCUUUCCUCUGUUCUUUCACCUUUUCUUCGUCAAACACAUUUUCAGCACAACAUCUUCUUCGAUGGCGCCGUUUCAGAGCUAACCUCUCAUCGUGCUGUUCUUCGUUUGCGUUUUUAUGGUGAGGAUCCUCAAACAGCAGAACGCUGCGUUUUGAGUCUAAAAGCAAAAGCUGUGCUUGUUGAUGGGGUUAGUAGAGUUGAGGAAGAUGAAGAAGACAUGGACCCUUUUGUGGGCCGAGAAAUUUGGGCCAACCCAAAUCUUAUUGGGUCUAUUGAGUCCAGGAUUUUGAGGAGGGUAAGAGAUGAAUUUGAGGUUAAGGAAGAAAGUGGGUAUGUCUGUUUAGGAGGGUUUAAGAAUGUGAGAGGGGUUUAUGAGUGGAAAGAGUUGGAAUUGGAGUUGGAUGAGACUCUUUUUGAUUUUGGGACUUUGUAUGAGAUUGAGUGUGAGAGUGCUGAGCCUGAUAAAGCUAAGGAGAUGAUUGAAGAAUUGUUGAAGGAAAAUGGGAUUUUGUAUUCUUGUUCAAAGAUGUCGAAAUUCGCGAUUUUUCGAUCUGGGGAACUUCCAUUGUUCUGAUUUAAAUCAUUUACAGAAUAUACCUUGAUGCUGGUGCAGUGUAUCUUCCAGCUCUAGUAUUUUAUGUGGCUGAUAUCUUGAUGUAGUGUUUAUGAAUUGAAGUCCUUAUGUUUGUCUUUGAAGCUAAUAAGAGCUUAUAAUCUUACCCUAAAUACCUGUUCUUGGGAAGCUUCAUUUUCUUGGAUAUGCAAUUGCUUUACUUUUGGAAUUCUUUUUGGUAAAUUGUAUCUUAUUCUGGUAUAGCAGCAUAUAAGAUAUCCAGGUCUUUCCAUUUCAUAA